AUGGCGAGUCAUCCGGUUGGUGUAAGUCCAUUUCCUCAACCACCGGAAUAUGCUCGUCAGUAUACAGACGCUAAUGUGGCGAAGAAGAAUGUAUUGCCACCACCACCUGUACCAUCCGAAUUUACGGUUUUUGGCGAAGAAUAUAAUUUCGAAGAAGAAAUGAUCCGGUCGUUACAGUCGCAGAAAAUGCAACAACUGUUUUCGAGUAAUGGUGACUGGAGAAGUGAGUUAAAGAAGUUGAACAGAAGUACAGUUGCUGCUUUCCUUGAUCUUCUUGAUAUCCUAAUACGGUGUCCAAAUCAUCCAGAACGUCUGGAGAAAAUCAAUAACCUACGUCUUCUUUUUAUCAAUAUGCAUCAUCUGAUUAAUGAAUAUCGGCCGGUGCAGGCACGAGAUGCGUUGCAGUCGAUGAUGAGAUUAUUGAUUAAAACUAUUGAGGAUGUUACAAGCCGUUUUCGCACUUACUUAGCGAUGGGUCAUGAGGCAUUAAAUCAGGUAAUCGAUGAAGUUCCUCCAGUACUUUCAGCCUCUCCGAUGCUUAAUGUUGAGGAUGUGAAUGUUGGUGUGUCGAUAGAACAGCAAGUUGGUGCAGUGGAAACUGAAAUUAGUAAACGGAGAAGUAGUUAUGAUGAAGCCAGGAAGACGACAGUAUCCAGACGAGAAGCUUGGAGAAGAGAUGUUAUGCUUUGUGAAUUGUUAGACAAUAUGGGUGAUGCAGAUCUAGAAAGAAGACUGUCGCCUUCCACAAGUAGAGUUCAAAUGGAAUACUGA